AUGGAAGACCAGCAGGAAAUUGGUGGCGCACAGGCACUUCUCCAGCUCGGAACCAAAGACACCAAAUCUGAUGACAAUGAUCAUCAUGAACAUCAUUCUGACCACGAACAGUUGGGAAACGUUCAUGACAACGGCUCCAAUGACGUUUCGGACAUGCUCGAGGAGAAAGAAAACCAGCAGCUCAAUGAUGCCGUUGAAGCUGCGGUCAUGAGGUAUGUCGGAGGUACAUUAGAUGGCGAUAACCAUUCACUACAUAAUGGUCCUGAGACAGAAAACGACAACGACGCCGUGGUGCACGAUGUGAGUGUACUGGACUCAGUAAAUGACGAAAUUAAUGGCGACUCUAGCGGGCAUUUGGGCCAGAAACGCCGGUUGAACCACGACGAUAUCAUCUCCAACAUCAGUGAGUAUCAAUGGGAUCGGUUUUUAGAAGAGGAUGUGGCUGCAGACUUCGAACGGGCAUCUCCAAAGCGUAAGAGACGGAAAAGUUACGGUGGUGCUAACGACAUCGACCCGGAGCUUGCGGGUUUAGACUCUACUAGCGAGCAUGACCAACUUGUACAUGCUGCCAUCAUGGGCGCUGGCGAAUUAGCCAACCAGCUUUCCAUCCCUUCGCGACCAGUUCACAACAUCAAUGUCUCCCAUCGUCGAGGUGCUGGUGAAAAUGAGCCCAACGCCAUUAACCAGUUAGCACAUGCGGCAACUGCCCUUUCUAGUGGCCUCAAGAGCCAGACCAAACAGCGCAGACCGCUCAAGAAAAUCUCAGAGACUUUUGAUUCAUCCAUUCCUUCCAGACCCAAGUAUGAUCACUCAUCAUUAGAGUCACUCAUUGAACAGGCAGCCACCGAGUCGUGUAUGUGGUAUAACACCCGUGCCGAGUCAGGAAUCGGUGGUCCUCGGCCGUUCUCCCGUGAGGAGAUUCACAUUGUGGAGAAUUUUGUCGAUGGGUACUGUCGGCUCAAUAACUUGACCCGUAUGGAUAUAUGUCGCAGAGUGUGGUCUAAUGAGAGAACGAAAGACAAUUUCUGGGAGUCGGUGACAAAGGCACUUCCCUAUAGAUCUAGAGCAUCCGUCUACAAGCAUGUGCGUAGACAAUAUCAUGUAUUUGACAUUCGAGCCCGCUGGACACCAGAGGAAGACGAGCUUUUGAAGAAAUUGGCUGUGACGUGCAAGACCAAUUGGAAAAAGGUUGGAGAGAUUAUGAACCGAAUGCCCGAGGAUUGUCGUGACAGAUGGCGUAAUUACGUCAAGUGUGGCGAUAAUAGGGCCAGUAAUAAGUGGUCGGAAGAAGAGGAAAGCACACUAAGGGAAAUUGUCAUGGAGAUGCUCACCAAUGAGUCGCAUAAUAUGAAAGAUAAGCCUAUCCUGAUCAAUUGGACACUUGUCAGUGAGCGUAUGAAUGGACUUAGAUCAAGAAUCCAGUGUCGAUACAAGUGGAACAAGCUCUUAAGACGCGAGUCACUCUCUCGAGUGGCCAUGAUGGAUUCUGAUACGAAACUCUGGCUUUUUAACAGGAUCAUGGAAGCAAACUUCGCAGACAUAGACUCAAUUGAUUGGGACUACAUUUUGCACUUAUACCAUGAAGAACACAAAGGCAAACCGAAGGUCUUAUGGACGCUGUCGGACUUUAAGGUUGGUUUUGAAAAGAUGAAGACCCUGGUGCGUGAUAACAAAAACCUACCCUUGCAUGCUCUUCUCGGUAAGCUUCUCUCAUCGCUUUAUGAGCAGACUAAUGCAGAUCCCAAGAAAAACGAAAAGCCUAUUGCAUAUGACCUAGAGCCUAAGAUGGAACGAGCUGACGAAGACGAGGUCGAAGCUGCAUCGGUCGCUAACGCCGCAGUGGCUGCUGUCUCUUCUGGAGCAACUGAGCAGGAAUCUCAGCAUCAGGAGUACAGUCUCUGGCGAUAA